AUGGCGUCUUUUGGAGGAAAAUUUCAGAUCCAAUGUCGCGGUGUUCGGGGUUACAAAGAGCAGAUUCAAAAAAGUGCAUACGAAAAUCUCGGAUUCGCUGGUGGUCACCACCACACCUAUGUUCGGGUUGUCAUUAACUAUCACAGGAUCACUGGGGUCAAGCGAGAUGAGCGUCGGUGUGAUUUUGCUCACCGCGAGAACCUCCAGUUGAUUCGAUCCCGGGUAGCUAUCGCUGCUGCAUUAGGCGGUCUUCCUGUCGUCGUCCAAGUUAUGAAUUCCAGUAGUGAUUCCGAAAAUGGGCUCUUCGAGAGAAUCAUUCGCACCGCAAAUUCUGUAGCUGAGGAGGCAAACAGGGGUGGUAAAACGGUGGCGGCGAAGAUAUGUUCGUGGGUCCAUCGAGCCCGUUCGCAGAAAAUCCUGGGGUUAAGAACUUGGCCAUAA